GCGCCUGCCUCCCGCUCUCCAUCCAUCCAUCUAUCUAUCCAUCCCUCCUCCCUCCCUCUCGCCCGCCCGCACCCGCUCCCCUCCGCCUCCCCGGCCCCGGCCGCCGGCGCUACCCAGGAUGCCCCGCGCCGGCGCAGGCGCGGCCGCUCAGGAAGAGGAAAAUGGCAUAAACAACCCGGAGCGCCGGGACCGCUGAGGAGGAGGAGGCGCCGCCGCCCCGGGCCGCGCGGCCCCUUUAAGAGGCGCGGAGUCGCCCCCUCCUCCUCCCCCUUCCGGAGCCGGACCCGGGGUGACGGCGGUCCCCGCGCCCCUUCCCCCUGCCCGCCCCCUUCCCCAUGGUGCCGACCCCGGCGGCGGGGCGGUUGCCAUGAACAGCAGCGGCCUGCCCUGCUCGUCGCCGUCGCCGGUGGUGGGGCCGCCGCCGCCGCCGCCGGGGGCGGGGGUCGGCGUGGCGGGGCCGGCGGCCGGCGGGGCGGGGGCCGCAGGCGGCGGCGGAGGGGCCGUGAAGCUGAAGUUCUGCCGCUACUACGCCAAGGACAAGACCUGCUUCUACGGCGAGGAGUGCCAGUUCCUGCAUGAGGAGCCGGGCGCCGCCCCCGCCGGCCCGGGGCCCGCCGCCCCCCCCCUCGGCGGGCUCCCGCUCGGCAUCCCCCCGCCCGCCGCCGCCGCCGCUGGGCCGGGAUACCCGCCCCACGGGGCCAGCUCGGGCCCGUCGGCGGCGGUGGUGGGGCCUAAGAAAGCCGAGCUGGGGGCAGGAGGCGGCGGAGGCGGCGGCGGCGGCGGGGGGCUGGAUGGCCCGCGGCUGUCGAUUCCUGGAAUAGAUGGCGGUGGGUUAGCUGAUGCUAAUCUAACAGAUUCCUACUUUAGCACCAGCUUUAUUGGCGUUAAUGGAUUUGGAAGUCCUGCUGAAACGAAGUAUCCCAUGAUGCAGAGGAUGACAAAUAGCAGCAGCUCCCCUAGCCUUCUCAAUGACAGUGCCAAGCAGUACGCAGGCCAUGAUCCACUGACUUCACCAAAUUCAUCCUUGUUUAAUGACUUUGCUGCCCUCAGUGUGUCUCAAAGGAGGAAGCUGGCAAAACCAGCAUUUCCUUCGUUUAUCACUGACUUGGAGGACAGAUAUAAUACAGUCUUGCCCAGGAAGUAUCGACUGGGAAUGCUGGAUGAGAGGAUAGUUCCGGUGGGAUCAAAAGCAAGAAAAUCAAAGAACCCUAUUGGCUGUCUGGCUGACAGGUGUAAAACAGGAGUACCCAUCAAUAUGGUUUGGUGGAACAGAGUCACAGAAAACAAUUUACAGACACCAAAUCCUUCUGCAAGUGAGUUUAUUCCUAAAGGAGGAUCAACCUCUAGGCUGAGUAAUGUAUCCCAGUCAAGUAUGUCUGCCUUCUCUCAAGCCUUGUUCUCUCACCCCUCUAUGGGAAGUCCUGCUACUGCUGGGCUAGCACCAGGAAUGUCACUGUCAGCAGGAUCUUCUCCUCUUCAUUCUCCCAAAAUAACUCCUCAUACAUCUCCUGCUCCUCGAAGAAGAAGUCAUACUCCUAACCCAGCAAACUAUAUGGUGCCUACUAGUGCCUCUGCGUCUGUCGCUAAUGCUGUCUCUCAGCCUCCAUCUACUGGCCAGGUGAUCCAGAAGGAAACAGUGGGUGGAACAACAUACUUCUACACUGAUACAACUCCAGCACCUCUCACAGGAAUGGUAUUUCCAAACUACCACAUUUACCAUCCAGCUGCGCCUCAUGUUGCUUACAUGCAGCCAAAAGCAAAUGCACCUUCCUUCUUCAUGGCAGAUGAGCUCAGACAGGAACUGAUCAACAGACACUUAAUAACCAUGGCCCAGAUGGAUCAGGCUGAUAUUCCUGCAGUUCCUGCAGAAGUGGAUAGCUACCACAGUCUCUUCCCUUUGGAACCACUGCCACCGCCCAAUCGGAUACAGAAAACAAGCAACUUUGGGUACAUUACAUCAUGCUAUAAAGCUGUAAAUAGUAAAGAUGACCUGCCAUAUUGCCUUCGGAGGAUACAUGGUUUUCGUCUUGUUAACACAAAGUGCAUGAUACUGGUUGACAUGUGGAAAAAAAUUCAGCACUCAAAUAUAGUAACUUUGCGUGAAGUGUUUACUACUAAAGCUUUUGGAGAACAUUCUCUUGUGUUUGCAUAUGAUUUUCAUGCUGGAGGAGAGACUAUGAUGAGCAGACACUUCAAUGACCCUAGUGCUGAUUCCUAUUUCACAAAACGGAAGUGGGGUCAGCAUGAUGGACCUCUACCACGGCAGCAUGCUGGGUUGCUUCCAGAGUCUUUGAUAUGGGCAUAUAUUGUGCAGCUCAGCUCUGCAUUACGGACCAUUCAUACAGCAGGACUGGCAUGCAGAGUUAUGGAUCCAACAAAGAUUCUAGUAACAGGCAAAACAAGAUUACGAGUUAAUUGUGUUGGAAUUUUUGAUGUUUUGACGUUUGACAACAGUCAAAAUAAUCCACUGGCAUUAAUGGCUCAGUUUCAGCAAGCAGAUCUGAUCUCCCUGGGGAAAGUUGUGUUGGCUUUGGCUUGCAAUUCUUUAUCAGGAAUUCAGAGAGAGAAUUUGCAGAAAGCAAUGGAACUGGUGACAAUCAACUAUUCCUCUGAUCUGAAGAAUCUGAUUUUGUAUUUGCUGACUGACCAAAACAGGCUUCGCAGUGUAAAUGAUAUCAUGCCUAUGAUUGGUGCACGAUUCUAUACUCAAUUGGAUGCUGCUCAAAUGCGAAAUGAUGUAAUAGAAGAAGACCUAGCAAAGGAGGUGCAAAAUGGAAGGUUGUUUAGGCUUCUAGCAAAACUGGGAACAAUCAAUGAGAGGCCUGAGUUUCAGAAGGACCCAACGUGGUCAGAAACUGGAGACAGGUAUUUACUAAAGCUCUUUCGAGAUCACCUUUUCCAUCAGGUGACAGAAGCGGGUACUCCGUGGAUUGACCUCAGUCACAUUAUCUCAUGUCUUAACAAGUUAGAUGCUGGUGUGCCAGAAAAAAUAAGCCUCAUUUCCAGAGAUGAGAAGAGUGUACUUGUGGUAACUUACAGCGAUUUAAAGCGCUGCUUUGAAAAUACUUUUCAAGAACUGAUUGCAGCCGCAAAUGGUCAGUUGUAGUAUUUGCUGAAAGCAUGCAGGACAUUGCUGAGGAACUUAACCAGUAGCAAAUUGCACUACAGCUGAAUUGUUGUUGUCAUCUCAUUUCACAUUUGGGAAACAAACAGGAGAUGAGCAAAGCUGCUUGCACUUCAGUCAGGUACACUGUUACUUGAAGGGAAGAAUGUUUCACUUAUCCUAGAGCUAAGGCUGCCAUUGGAGGCUUUAUCUGUGAAGAAUUUAUUUUAGAUUAAGGAACACAUCAGGUGCAUGAUGUUCCUACUUUUAUUUUUUCCACUUGUAUAUGCACUAAUUUUAAUUUUUUUAAGACUUUUCUGAUCUCUGAAGUUUUGCCACAUUGUAUACUUUAAGGGAAACUCUUUGCAAGGACAUUUCUGGAAUACAUUUUUGUCACGGAAGAUAUAGCAAAAUUUAUUCAUUUUUGAUAUUAUUUGCACCCAGAAUAGCAUAAAGGACCAGGUAAAUCAUUUAAUAGAAAUUGUGUUCUAUUAAUGACCAUUUAGUUCGUAACCUCUGUAAAAGUGUGUUGUAUGCAAGCUCUGUAUGCCACCCACUGUUAGCUCAAAGAAAUGUGAGAAGGCAAAACUUUUUAAAACCAGUCAAGUGAAGUAUUGAUAAAUUGACAAAAAAGGAAAGAAAGUCCCCUGUCAUUUGAUUUAAACUUUGUCUAAGCAAAGUGACGAAAAUAGCAUAAUGGGAAACAUCUAUAAUUUAAGGAGCAUAUCAAACUUGCUCUAAACACAACCAGCGCCUUUUAAAAACUGUUUGUACGUUUUCCUGGUAGUCAGAAGCAUUUACAUUUAUGCAAUUUUUUUAAUAGAUUUUUUUUUUUUAAAGAAAUUGUUUAAAUGCCUGAAGUUUCAGGAGUGUAUUACUUUAGGUUAUUUACAGUAUAAUUUUUGUAUAAAGUUCUGUUCUUUGAACCACAGCUUUAUUAUGGUACGCUACACUGGAUACAGAUACAAAGACACUGUUAAAAGAAGAUUAACUAAACACAGCAGUUGUCUGGCAUCAAGAGCUUUUCAAGUUUUACGGCCUGAAUCUGGAGGGAUAAUGAUCUGCUGUGCCUUUGCAGUCACUGCUUAGCCCAAAGUAAUAUUACUUUUGAUAAUACUCAACACAUGAAUAUUCCUGAAGUAAUUCAGUCUCAAAAGUCUGGAAUUUUCCUCCUCAAUUACCUUUCUAAUAUUUGGACAUGCAGUUGUCUCCAAACUUGGGUAUUUAUGGGAUUUCUAGUUAAACACCUACACUUUGAUACUGAAGACUGCCAAAUACGUAGGAAUUUCCUUUCUUAAAGCAGUAGUGAAGACUGUAUCUAUCCUUUCCCAGCACUGAAUGUUUUAAUAGCACUGGGUGCUCACCAUGAAGAAAAUGUGGAAACUCAAAAGGUCAGGACAGACUCUAAGCACUUGCAACUGAUGUUACUGACAUCAAUUUUAAUAAUUCUCAAUAUUUGUAGUUUUCAGAGAAGUUUUUAAUAUUUCUCUGUCCACUUUUAUAAGCUUUAAAAUGAUUCUCCGCCUUGAGACUUGCAUCAAGAAAAAAGCAACUCUCUUCACAUCGAAAGCUUUGAAGACUAGGGACAUGCUUUACACAUGUUAGAAAAUGUGGUUGAAUCCACAUUAGGUAGCAUCAGUUGAUGAGUUGAAAAAUCGAUUAUUGUUGCAAUUUUAAAAGGAACACAAUGUUUAAUAUUCAAACGAUAACAGUUGCCAGAAUGUUCUUUUUAAUAUAAAAGGAACAGGAACUUUGAAAAGUGAACAUGCAAAACAGUCUUUUAUCAUUAGCUCAUGUAUUUGAGGAAGAGCAGCUGUCUUUUCUAUGUUUUUUGACAAAUCAUAUUGUAAUUCUUUUGUACAAAAAAGAAGUACUUGUAUUCUAGAAGAAAUAUGGAAUGCUUAAUUUAUAAGCGGGCUGAGGUUUUUUCCAGUAUUGUUUUCUUUGAAAAUGAAAGGGGAUCAUCUGUUCAGUUGUGGGGUUUGGGAACCUUUGAAACUUUUAAUUUGUGGACCAAUAUUUUGUGGAAGUGUAAGGCAGGGGUAAAAUAGGGCUUGAAUUCUCAUCCUUUUUAGACCAGCACACCCUCUGCAAGACAUGUCUAAAUUGCAAACCUGUGUGUAUUUGCAUAAUGUCAGUUUGCUUCAGCCCCUAGUAACCUCAGGACUUGGUUUAAAAUAAAAAGGUAGACAGCUAAUAAGUUUUCGUACAUAAUGUCAGCCAGAAGAUAUUUGGUGUCAGGUAAUACAUAAAAUAAAAAAGAAGUUGAGCUUUGUUUUCUAUUUAUUUUAUUUGAUCUGUAUUUGGGAAUGAUUUGAACAGUCUGAAGUUCAGCUUGGGUAUUUUUUUGGGGAGAGCCCUUCUACCCCAUUUUAAUUCCAUUUAGAAGGUUGUCCUAAAGUUGUAGUUUGAUGCAGUCAUAGGAAGAACUGUGUAUCUGUAUUUAAAAGAAGAGUCACCAGGAUGUGCCCUCCCAGAUGGGAAAUUUAUUUCUGACCUUCCAAAUUUUUACAGCUAAAAGCACAGAAGGGACAACCUUUGAAAUCAUAUGAUGUUGGUCAUUUUAAUUUUUGUACCUGUUUUAAAUUCUGUUGCCGUAUUUACUAUAUUGUAAAUAUUCUGUUGAGGGUACCUAUGUAUUUUUGAUUUGCCCUUGUUUCGGUAAUUCAGGUGUCAACUGCUUCCCCUAAAAAGCACCAGUAUGUUAAGUUCUAAUGUCAUGAUCCCAAUAUGUGUUACUCAUCUUUAAUCCUGUUUUCAUUGUUCAUGUGUACAGCAGUAUUUUUAAUAAAGAAUACCAGAAGUAA